CAGUGCAGUUGGUAUACUUCCUGAGAUCAGUCAGCUUUUCACUGAGUGGUUUUUCUGUGUUGAUUCCUAUUCUAAAAGGAGAAACAUUCACAACUGUAUCCACCAUCAAUGAUAGCUCAUCGUUAUUUUUUAAAGCAUUUGUUUGUGUGGCAGAAACCCAUAUUUUUUCAAUCAAACCAGGUAAUGAAUCCAACGAUUUUUUGGAUAUCCCUAGUUGAUAGCAUCCUAUAACCAUGUCUAAAGACGCAACCAGCAUGGUUUGGGACUACCUAGUCUUCGUAAUUUUCGUAUUAGCCAGCACAUUCGUGGCAGUCUAUUCGAAAUUCUUCGGACCCAAAGAGAAAACGAAAGCUGACUAUGUUUUCGCAGCUGGAAAAGUCUCCAUGGCAGCCAUGAUGUUGAGUAUAGCCAGAGGAACGCUAGGAGUCAGAUCGUUUCUAGGUUACCCCUCAGAGCUGUUUUACAGAGGUGCCACCAUGUGGGAAACCCUCUACGGUAUGGUCCUCGCAUACCCCAUCGUCUGCUUCGUCUUCGUGCCGGUGUACUUCAGCCUUAGCAUCACCUCGGUGUACCAGUACCUCGACCUGCGCUUCAAGUCCCGCCUGGUAAGAUGUCUGGCCAGCGGUACCUACGUGCUGAGGCAGCUGAUGAACCAGGGAGUGACGGUGUUCACCCCUUGCGUGGCCCUCAACACGGUCAUCGGGAUACCUUACUGGGCUUCGAUCACUGGCAUCUCGUUCGUCAGCAUCAUCUUCAAUAUUUUGGGUGGAUUGAAAGCUGCUAUUUGGGCAGACGUUAUGCAAGGUUUGACGAUGAUUGUGGUCUGCAUGGCCAUAAUCUUUCAAGGCUGCUUCGAAGCAGGCGGUCCAGCCAGAGUCAUCGAAGUCAACCAUAGGGAUGGAAGACUCGACUUCUUCAAUUUCAGUUUUGAUCUUACCAAGAGAGUGACAACAACUUCAGCCAUCAUCGGACAACUUUUCAUGUCCCUCUCCAUUUUUGGAUGCCAACAAAACUUCGUCCAGCGGUAUUGCAGUAUGGACUCCCAGAAGCAAGUGACGAAGACCCUCAUGUUCAAUAUUCCAGUCAUCACAGUCCUGUUCAGCUUGUCUUGGGUAGUGGGAAUGGUCGUUUACGCAGUAUAUGCUGAUUGUGAUCCCCUGUCUUCAGGAUACAUAGACAAAUAUGACGAGAUCUUGCCUUUCUUUGUCGAAGAUCGCUUCAGCUACCUACCAGGAAUCCUGGGAUUGUUCAUGGCCAGUCUUUUCAACGGAGCUCUCAGUCUGAACGUAUCGAAUCUUAACUCCCUGGCAACAGUCACAUUCGAGGACUUCAUCAAGCCUAUCCCCAUACUGAGAGACAUGCGAGACUCCAACCAGUUGCUAGCCAUCAAGCUCAUUGGCUGCUUCUACGGACUGGUCAUCAUGGGCAUCAGUUUCGGGGUAGGAAUGAUCAACGGAGUCAUCGAGUCCUCCAUGUUGGUCACUUCUGCCACUUCAGGGCCGCUAUUGGGGGUGUUCAUCAUGGCCAUGCUGAUACCGUGCGCUAAUUGGAAGGGUGCCUCGAUCGGUAUGAUCAUCGGCCAUGCAGUGACCUUCUGGAUAACCUUCGGGGGCCUCACCGUGGAGAAGCCAGCUGCGAUUCCUCUGGACCUCAAUACUGCCAACUGCAGCAACACCUCUUUCAACGAUCACAUCCUGAAGUCCGAGCACAAAGCAGGAGUCUGGACCCCUGCCACUACCCCCAUGCCUUUCUACAUCUACAAUGACACGCAUUAUCUUCUGAACACCACUAGGGCAGCUCCAUCGGAUCCUUUGACACAACUCUACUCGAUAACCUACAUGUACUACGCUUUCAUCGGGACCUUCAUCACCAUCCUCUUCGGCUGGACCAUUUCCUACUUCACCUCCAGCGAAAGUGACAGGUACGACGAAGAGCUGAUCCACCCGAUUGCCAGGAAAAUGGCCAACCUCUUCCCUGGCAAGAAACGGAUCUACUCGCACAAGGAGAAGGUUAUCGACGAGAAAUGCGAGAAGAACGCUUGCUGCAACACUUGCGACAGUGGGUCUUCCAGCACCAGCACCCCAGCUUGCAAAAAAGGUUCCAUUAACCCCACUUUCACCGCUGAGGGUAGCGAUGGGCCGAUAGAUGGUGUGUACAACACGAAGUUGUGAUUUUCGCUAGAGUUGUGAACAGUGAGACACUUAAUGUGUGACGUUUUUACGAUUGUCUGUGAUCUCUAGCUAUUAGAAGUCAUUCACUCAACAGUGGAUGCGUACAGGGCGAUCAUGAAAUAUUUCACGAAUUUUAUUCGGAUUCAGGUGAUGAUUGGACAACGACAACUGAUUCUUCGAAUUAUUUUCACACUCGUGGCAUUUAUGGAGUAUAAAUCAUUCUGAAGAUGUGACGUGGUCGAAUUUACAUCUUCGUUGUCCAAAAAGUAACUGAAAUGAACAUUAUCUCAUACUGAACCUCAACAUUUCUACAACUCUUCCAGUUCUGUUUCACAAAGCUUCAAUUCAAUCCUGAUUCUGAAAUACAAAUGGUACUUUCUGAAAUUGAAUUGACUAUUUUGAGAUGCUUCCUGAAAUACGCAAACACUUCAAGUAUGAGGAAGUUUGGAGGUUUCCUAAUUGUAUCCUAUCUUUCUCUUUCCUAGUGCUCAUGAAAGAGGAAGGUUAUGGUCAUCUCCUCAGACAAAAUUUGAAUAGAUGGCAAUCAACUACUUAUUAUUUCGUACUCUCAAGGGCAUUCAACAAAAAAAGUUGCUACUCCUGAACAAAUAAUGGUGAAAAAAACUUAAUCA